GGAGGGCGAAAUCGCGACUGUGUGGUCAGACCGACUCAGGGUGAAGGCGUUCCGUGGCAAUGUGGCCUAGUUCCGUCAGCUGUAAAAUGUACCUGUGUACGUUCAGGAGGAGUGCUUUGAGUCAGCUGUACUGAACUGAAGUGUUGGUUAGUGUCACCGGGUAGAGACGAAGUGGUCGCGCCGACGUUUCCUUCAUCCAUAUUACUUCAUCGUCAACCAGCGCAACUCAGCGGAACGGCCAGUGUUGUGUGUCGCUGCGUGUGACUGUGUGCCUUCGCGGCUCCCACGCAACGCUGCGGUACAGUGCAUGUACUGGGCACACUUAGUGGUCCCUUGCUUUGCUAGUAACAUGACGACAGCUCCGACCGGCGACAACAGCAGCAACCGAGAGCGAACGACCGUUACGAUGCUAUGGCAGACCCCAAACCAGUUACCUGCUCGACACAGACUGACUGCCACAUGCAACAUCAGGUUUGCGUGCCACUUCAGUUGCAAGGGUGUCCACCGCGUAUGCGCGCCUGUACAUGACUGUAUUCUUACCCGCGAGGAAGCAACGAAGGCUUUGGAACGGUUUCAGUUUUUCCUCCAAAAGGGCAAUUUUGAAGGUUGAGGUAGAACAAGAUAGCUACGUUUAGUUCACAGUUGAAACUGGUGAGUGCAUGGUAAUACAUUGUGGAGUUUGACGAGACAACGCGCUAGAGAUUAUUUCUCGUGAUUCGACAGAACUCGGAAGCCUGUGCAGUGAAGUACUGAACUGCUAGUGUUAGCCCAGUUGGGCACAGUCGUUACUCGGAGAGUCGGACGUUAGUCCUACUCUAGUACUCGAGCGGCGCUCUUCCCUCCAGUGCGCGUAGACUUCAAGUACAGAGUGCACACGCCGCGCUACAAGUGACGUUAGUUAGGUGAUCGAUAAAGACGAUAUCAAGAAGUAAUUUUGUCUCGCGUGCGUGCGAGAAGGUCGCUGCACCUUUCGCGCAUUCGUCGUUUUGACCUGCCCGCACGUGGACGGUGAAGAAGCUAACUCCUCAUUCAGGAAGUGAAUCAUGCUCAGUCACAGCCAGCACUCUCCCCAUGUCGUCCUCUGCAUACUAAUAGCUCUACAAGCAUCAUCCACGAGUAUAGUUGCCCAAUCAUGCACUGAAAGGCUAGAGGUAGAAUUCAAUUGUCCUAGUUCGGCUGGAUUGAGUAGCAAUGAGACGGUGCUACGGAAUGAUAUUUGCGGUACAGCGUUGCUGCAAGACUGCAGCGAACGGUACUCUAACUCGCGUGGUGUCUACCCGAAAGUCUGCAAGCUAGGUUCUGUCUUCUCGCCAUGUGCGGUGUUCGAGCAAGACGGUGCAGCCCUGCCUACUGGUGUGCACCGCUGCGAUGACACUGUCUGUGUGGACAUGUGUAAGGUGGCAGCACAGAACCCUGACAUAGAGCUACCUUCGGGCGACAAUGGCGUUGACGUAUGUCAGUUCUGCCCUGAGCAGACACGCAACGAGUCAGUACAUCUGUCCUGCGAGCAGCAGAAGCAAAGUCAGAAUGCGAGUGGAUGUCCGUUCGGCUGGUUCAAGGUGGCUGAUUUCAAUGAGCCAAUUGGGCGUUGCUAUUUCCGUUCACCGAUGGGCAGCGACAAGUUCAAGCAGACUUGGGAGGAAGCACAUUCGGAAUGCGCACAGAGAGGUGCCACGCUGGCAUCAAUGGAUGCCCUGGUGGAAUGGCAGCAGUUAGUCCAUACUGACUUGGUUCCCACGCACCACCGUGCAGCAUCGGCAUACUGGAUCACGUCACGUUUCAACGUGUCUGUUGACAAAACAACUGGUGACCGCGCGCUGGAAGCAUUCAUCGGCUCCAACCUUGAUGUCGACCAUAUUCAGAUCGUGCAGGGUGGCACAGCGACGGAAUGCCAGAAGAACCUCUCCAUGCCCAUCCUGGCCAUAGGGAGUGUUGAAGAAAACACACUCAUGUGCAUCGCCAUGGUGUUCCAGCACAGCUGUGCAUUCUGGAAGGCAACACAGUGCAGUCACUCCAGACAGUACAUUUGUGAACGAGAUGCUGAAAUUCCGACAGAAAUGCCCAGCUCGACAGCCCUACCUACUGUUACGGCAUAUUCUGCUGCCAGCAGUACGGAAGCAUUAAGUGAAGUUGUACCAAGUCCAGCAUCUAGCGCCGUGUUCAGCUCUAUCGAUACCACCAUGUUCAGCUCCAUGGACAGCUCUGUGUUCAGCUACAUUGAUAGCACUAUGUCUGGCACUACUACUGCUGCACAAACACCCAUUCUGGGUAUAGAGAGUAGCGCAGUGCUCCCAAGCUUUAUCAGUGACUCCACCAUAAUAUCAUCUGAUUUGCUUAGCAUGCAGGCAACUUCUUCAAACUUUAUCUCAACAGGCGAGAUGUCUACGAUAGCAACUGGUUCAUCCACUAUCAAACUCCCAAUGAGAAGUUCCUCCAUAUCGCUAUACUCAGAACCAUUGAUGAGUGCGACACCAUCCGCGCUGCUCUCAGAUGUGUCCACUGCCGAACUCUCAAUGGGAAGUUCCUCUCAGUCAUCCCUAUCACUAUACUCCGAACCAUCGACGAGUACAACAGAUACCGUGCUGCUCUCAGAUGUGUCACCUUCAGCUGCUCUCUCUGAUUCUGCUUCAGCGAAUCUAUUCAGUUUGUCUAGCAGCUCUCUAAGGGCCAGUGAUCAGGUUGCUACCCAGGUUGAAAUGGCAUCAGCACUGCCAGCUUCCUCAUCCUCAUCAGUGUCCGUUGAAAUAAGUGUAGUGACCAGUGUUGCUGCCUCUGUCACUGAUAUCAUGCCUUCACAGGUAGUUGCUGAUAUGACAUCUUCCAGCAGCGUUGCUCCUAUGUCAUCUCAGCUUGUUCAGUCAUCGGUCAUGUCUGCAGAACUAGGGAGUUCAUCAUUUGUCAUGCCACCGUAUUCAGAGUCUUCCUCACUAACACGGCCAGAGUCAUCCUCCAUCCAACCAAAGCUCCCAUCUCACCUUUCCAGCACUGCCGAUGCUAGCACGUCUGUAGUUGCUGUGUCACGGGCCAGCACCAGUGGAAAACUGUCAUCAACAGCGACACCACUGUUAUCUGCAUCAACAGCGACACCACUGUUAUCUGCAUCAAGUGCUACCGUGCUACUCUCUUCUUCACGCACAGCAGCACGGAGCAUUGCAGUAGUGCCAGGGACAACAUCCGAACCCCCAGUAUCACAGUCCGUUUCACCUUCUCCUGUCUCCAGUGCGUCCUCCAGUGCAUCCCCCAAGCCCUCCACCACACAGUCCAACUCGACAACUCCUGUUUCCAGUGCAUCUCCCAGUGCAUCCCCCAGUGCACCACCCAGUGCAUCACCCAGUGCAUCCUCCAAGCCCUCCACCACACAGUCCAACUCGACAACUACCAACAGCAGUCAGGACACAUCUGAACCAGGACAUCACUAUCCACCCGGCUAUCCCACGGACGUAGCUACUAACAGUACUGAUGCCAUGGAAACACCCACACAGAGCACUGGCAACACCACUUCCACCGACGACGGCUAUGAUGAAGAAGCGGCCGCCAUGGCCCGCAUGAACGUGAUCGCCAUUGCAGUGAUGUCUCUGGUGGCGUUCUUAGUAGUGAUGGCCGUCGUUGCUGCUAUCAUUAUCUAUGUGAAGACGUCACACAACACCGGCAAAAUACCAGUGUCUGCGGAUGAUGAGAUCAUAACGAACUUCAGCUCGGAUUUUGAGGACACACCGAUGAGAGAGUUCAGCAGCAAUAGCACUAACUCAGGUAUCGUCUGAAGAUGAGAGAACAUCAGAGAUGUUGUGCUAUCUGCGGUGCUGACCAUGGCUGACAUCAUUACAAUGAUCAUGGUUUGUAAUUAUUCUUGGUUUCGUCCGUGCUAUUACGCUGCUUUAGCACAUCACUUGUUGGAGUGUGUGUGUGUGUGUGUGUGUGUGUGUGUGUGUGUGUGUGUGUGUGUGUGAGAGAGAGAGAGAGAGAGAGAGAGAGAGAAAGAGAGAGAGAAUGCUUAUGCAUGUCUGUGCGCUAAUGAGGAUGCGUGCGCGCGCGCGUGUGUGUGUGUGUGUGUGUGUGUGUGUGGCAGGCUGAAGAGUUAGCGGCCCCGUGCUCAACGUGUCCUGUGUAUACAGUAGUCUAACUGGUAGCUUCAGUUCCUCUUAGAUUUCUCGCCAUAAUCGCAGCAUAGAUAUGCUAAUCGAUGCCGGUUGUGCGCCCUUGUAAGGCUUCUUGCUAUUCCUGCUCAUAGUCUACAUCUAUCAUUAUUACUAUAACAUUAUCUAGUAGGCGAGCAGGCAGCAGGUAGAUCCUGUGAUUCACACACGUAACUGGCUACAUACAAUGUAGCUCGCUAUGUUUGAGCACUCCUAUUUCUCCCCUGUGAAGACUGGCUUCACCAUCGCUCACUUCCCUUACAAUUCAUAUUGUCAUAUUGAUUUCUAGAAGUGGCAAUUAAAAAAAAAAGAUAAAAUGUCAUGACUGUAGUGUAGUAUCAUAUACAAAUUUACUUAUUGGGUUCAA